AUGGUAUUCCAAUUUACUCUCCAGCCAAGCCGCCGGCAAUUCCGCUCGCGGGGACUGGGGACUCUUGACAACAUAAUAUUCUUCAAUGGGGAAGGUCUGGGUUGGGAAGGCAUUAUCACCGUGGACAAUGUCAGCUAUGAGUACCUGGGGAAUGGUUUCCAAGCUUUCCCAGCUCGAGCGAACCUGUCCAGAGCACUGCCGACUAAAGUCAACUACGAUAGUCAGUGGAGCAACUUCACCUUCAUUGCUGGACCGGUCGAACUUACCGCCUGUUUCUUCUCCCCCGUCAUCCCCCAAGACCUCUGCCAUGGAGAAUACAAUCUGAACUGGGCGAUCGAACCCAACUGCUUCGAUUGCAAUAUCACUGGAUCACCAAGUAAUGUUACCCCUGCACACGCGUUGAUCAGCUGGAUAGCGCAGAUCGCUCCCGACGAACAGGUCUUCGCGGGCGAGAGUGAAAAAGACUUUCCACUAUGGGGUACAUUCACGUACACCAGCACGUCUGGUACUGGACAUGUCUUCACAUGGCAGUCGGGAUACAGUGUGGAUCUGAGGGAUCGUUAUCUGACGAACAAUACGCUCUCACGCCUGGCAGAUCAGACGUUUCGCAGCUCGACUGACCGGGAGCCUGUCUUCGCCUUUGCCCAUGAUAUGGAUCUCAGAUACAACGGCAGUGUACUCUAUACAGUCGGAAGCAUGCAAAGUCCCACAGCGCAGUAUCUGGGCACAAAUGGUCUCUCCAAGCUUGAGCCAUGGUGGAUGGGUUGCUAUGGCGGUAUGCUUCAGAUGGUCAACUUCCACUACGCGGACUUUGCGACUGCUUCUGCCAAAGGCUCAGCAUUUGAGGCUCAGCUUCGGGAGGAUGUGGAUCGUUACUACCAAGACAACACAGCCGUUCUCCAUUUCCCUGAUGGCAACCCUCCUUCCGCAAAUGUUACAAGAGAGCCGGUGAAUGCCACCGAUCAAUUUGGACAGGAUUACACGUUCGAUCCUGCCACGGCGUAUGGCUUCCUGGACGCGAACAACUCCUCUGGCAUCGCGGUACCUGACAUCUCGGAGGCGGACAGCUACUACGCCAUCGUAGCUUUGUCAGCUCGCCAGGUCAUGGGCGCAUACAUUCUCACCGCACCGCCACCUCCUACAUGCAACGAGUCUUUCUCAACGCAUCAAAGCGAGCCCUUUAUGUUCCAGAAAGAAAUCUCUAGCAAUGGCAACAUGAACACAAUCGACGUAAUGUAUCCCGCGAUGCCCUUCUUCCUCUACACGUACCCAGAGUUGAUCAGAUUCUUGGCUAUACACGACCUUGGAACAGCCUUUCCCAACGGCACAGGCCAUAUCGCUGGAGACGACGAGCCGAUGCCAGUGGAAGAGUGUGGCAAUAUGCUCAUCAUGUCAUACGCUUAUUACAAGUUCAGCGGUAACGCCCAUUUUCUCGAGGCACACUUCCCAAUCAUGCAGCAAUGGGCAACAUACCUCAUUGACUACUCCCUCAUCCCCAAAAGCCAGCUAAGCAUCGACGACUUCGCAGGCACACUCACAAACCAAACCAACCUCGCAAUCAAAGGCAUCAUCGGCCUGAAAGCAAUAUCUCUAAUCAGCGAAGUAGUUGGGAGAACCACCGCCGCCGAUAUCUACGAAAACAUCACAACAACCUACUUCCAACGAUGGACCGAAUACGCAAUCGACCCCUCAGGAACACAUACCCUCCUAGCCUACCAACUCCGCUCAUCCUGGGGCCUGCUAUACAACACCUACCCCGACAAACUCCUCAACCUCGGCCUCAUCCCCGACGAAAUCUACGACAUGCAAAGCAAAUUCUACCCAACCGUCUCCCAGAUAUACGGCGUGCCCCUGGACAGCAGACACAGCUACAUCAAGAGCGACUGGGAGAUGUGGACGGCCGCCACCUGCUCCCCUUCCACGCGGAGGCUCUUCGUCAAUUCAUUGGCGUACUGGCUAAAUAAUACGUCGACCAACCUCCCGUUGACGGAUCUCCACGAAACAAUUGGAACGGGUUCCUGGCCGAGCUCGCCGGACGUCGUACAAUUCCUCGCGAGGCCUGUGGUCGGGGGACAUUUUAGUCUUUUGGCUCUGCUCAAGGCUGGGGAGGACAGUGCUUCUGGGACGAGUGAUGAGGGGAGUCUGUUUGGGGAGGGGCAGACGGAUCCGAUUGUGGAGGAGCAGGCGUUGUAUAGUUUGAGUGCGGUCAAUGGGAGUGUGGCUUUGAGUACUGAGGUGCCUACGGUGCUGGAUACGAGUACUGGGACGUGGACGACGAAAAGCACGAUGAGGGCAUAUUGA